AUGCCCAUUCAACCAAUACCCAUCCAAUUCCUCGGGCGACAUAGUCUUCGCUCCCGAGAUCCAACCCCGACAUUCACCCGCACCACAGGUACACUGGAACGGCUGAUCCAUCUCCCACUCCGUACUGGGAUAAAAGAAAGUCAACGCAUCCCCAGCCUUGAGUGGCUUGUCGUCCACGACGCGCACCUCCAUGCGGGCCAUGUCGAAGACGAGCGAGGGCGCGCACGAGUGGUUGCAAUACACCAGGUCGGAAUUGAGUUCGAUGUGGGUGUCCCGCCCCGUUUGGACGCUGGUGUAGGCCUUUGUGCCCGGGGUGGUGCCGGUGAUCGGGGCGAAGAUGGCGCCCGCGGGGAGAUCGAUGAGCGAGUAGGCGCCGCUGCCGAAGGCUUUGGGGCUGCGGUUUACGCGUAG